AUGAUACCAGAAAAAAAUAUUAAAAACUCUGUUGAAUGUUUUUCUGGGAUGCAGUUACCAAAAAAUUAUUCAGAAGCAAUAAAGUUUCUAAAAAGUCUAUCUAAUCAAUAAAAUGUUAAACUAGAUUACAUUGUUGAAAUCUUAAAGGUUUAUAAAGGCAUAAACUUGAAUAAAUUUCCAAAAUUUAAUUUGUUAGUUUAAGCAGUGAAGGAUAAUAAUGAAUUUGCUUUUAAUCUUUUCUUAGAUUAUUUAUAAUAAGCUGAUAUUCCAUAAGAAGACAAAAUUGAAUAUAUAAAUAGCAAUAAAGCUUUGAAUUGUGAGGAAGGAUAUAAUGCUCUAUAAUACGCCGUAUAUUAUGAAUUUUAGGAUAUGGCUCUCAAAUUGAUAGAAAAAGGAGCGCGUUACGAUACUCAUAUUAAUGAAAUAGGUGAUAAAAUUAUUCAUUCUGCUGCAAGAGGAGGAUCUCUUAAAGUUAUUAUGAAACUUCAGCAACUAGGUGUAGAUAUAUUUGAAAAGACAUAAAGUAAGGGUUUAAAUCUCUCAACAUUUGAGAUUGCUUGCUUUGAAGGAAAUCUUCACAUAAUGAAAUAUCUGCUUAAGAUGGAUGAAUUUGAAAAUUAAAAGAGAAUAGAUAUUAAUGAAUAACAUCCUGUAUCAAAAGAAACACCAUUACAUUUAGGAAUACGUAGUAAAGAUUAUUCAGUUGUUAAAUUUCUGCUAAUACAGGGUGCAAAUAAACAAUUAAAAAAUAAUGAGAAUUAGACACCUCUCUAAUUUGCUAUUUGGAGGAAAGAAAAAAUAUAAAAAAAGUUAAAAGAAAAAAGAGAAACUGUAGAUUAAUAUUAAAUAAUGGAAUGGGAAAGCAAAAUAAAUCAUUUGGACUCAUUAAUUUCUCUACUGGGAGAUAUUAAAUUUUUUAACCGACUAAAAUUAUAGACUAGAGUAGGUCCAACAAAAGGCAUGAAUAAAUACUCUUAUAUUCUCAGAAUUAUUAACAUUUUAGGAUUUAUUGGGUUCAUCUUUAUUUUACCAUAUACUGAUUUAUUUAUAGGAUUUAUAGUCUUUUUCUAUAGUAUUUACUUAUGUUCUUUCUAUUGCUUAUUCUGCUCUUAUAAAAGCGAUCCAGGCUAUAUUAAACAAUUAGGUUACGAAAGCUAUUAACUUGAUUUAAACAACAAUUAACCUGCUUCAUAAAAAGAUACUUUUGUGAAUAAUUUUUGGUUACUAUUAUGCAAGAAAGAGUUUGAGGAGCUUUGUUUAGAAUGUUGUAUUAUAAAACCAGUUAGAUCAAAACAUUGUGAUUUUUGUAACAGAUGUGUUGCCGUUAUGGACCAUCACUGUCCCUUCAUAAAAAAUUGUGUUGGAGCGAAAAAUCACAGAUAUUUCUUUUUUAUGCUAGUAACAUAAGCAUUGUCUUAGAUUUCUAUCCUUAUUGCGUGUAUUUUUGCUCUAAAAGAGCUCUAGUAAGAUGAUAUAGAAGAUGAGCACUCUCAUCAAUUUAUAGAUUCUUGCCCAUAGUUAUUUAAUCCAAUUAUUGCUUAUAUUAGUAUUUCAAUUUUAAUAAUUUAAUUUAUUAUAACUUGCUUUCCGUUGUUCUUCAUUAUCAUUCAUCAAAGGACUAUCCUUGUUAAUGGUUUGACUUCUCUUGAAAUGAGGUAUAAAGGAAAAUUUGAUAAACAAAAAAAAGAAGAAAUAGAUGAAAAUUAACCUGUAACAGAAGUUCCUAACAGAACUAAAUCUAAGUAACAUCCUGAAACUCGCUCUAAUUCUACAUCAUAAUCUACAGCUCGUCUUUCUCAUUCAAAUAUAAAUGAUGAUUAAGAAGAUGAAUAACCUGAAAUUACAGAAGACCAGCUUGAAAGUACAGACGAUUAAGACACGGGAUCACUAUACACUGCGCUUUCUGCACAGCAAAGAGAUAUAUUUCAAAAUAGAAAUACAAACCCAUCAAAUAAAAAGUGGUAUGAAAAUAUAAAGUGUAUGCUCUUUAAGAAUCGCAAAAAUAAAUUUUAUUUUGCUGACGAAGAGUUGCAUAGAAGAAUAUUUUAGAAUCAAGAUUAAAGAUUUAGUCUAAGCUGUUCUCAGUAAUUUUCUGAAAAGGAUUGCUUAAGUAAAACUGAAAGCAGAAAUUAGCUUCUAAUGUAAUACAUUAAAUGA